CUGUAUUAGCACUGACUAUGAUGUAAACGUAUUAAUGGAUGGUGCACUCGUCACCGAAAAUACAAGUGGCASUGUGUGUUCUGUGUUCAGCUUGGAUAUCGACCCUGCGAGGACUGCAGCCUCUUCAAACGGUGUGUCAAGUCCUCAAAACGGUGCAUCCAGUGACGACAAUAACUCGUGUAAAAUCUGCCGAGAUCCAUCGGUUGAUGAUGAAAUCAUCUCACCUUGUUAUUGCACUGGAACAAUGUCCCAUGUACAUAAACGAUGCCUGGAAGAAUGGCUGUCAACCUCGAACAAAUCCUCUUGCGAAAUAUGCAGCUACAAAUUCGAUGUAAAACGAAGUCCAAAAUCGUUAAAAGAAUGGUUAAGUCAUCGUCAGAGUCGUAUUGAAAGACGGUACAUUGGUGGCGAUAUCGCCUGUUUYAUCAUCCUCACUCCAUUAGUCGGCGCAAGCAGUUACCUAUGCGGCAAGGGAGCCUAUUACUAUUUCGACAUGGGGCUUGUAUGGCUAUCAGUWGGUUUGAUAACCCUSAGCGGUUUUCUGUGGUUAAUAUACAUAUUCUGGAUUGCGGUAACCGUUAAGUUUCAUCACAAGAUGUGGAACGAGUGGCGACGACAUAAUCAAAUCAUUCAUUUGAUGAGCCACCAACUUACGCAUCAAGACGAGGAUUGCAAAGAAAAUCGCCCGAGUACGGUCCCAGAAUGCAAUCAGCACUGCGUCUGAAAUGCACAAUAUCGAAUUAAAACGCGAUUUUCUAUAAAAUAUUGAAAUAGAAUAAAUGAUCAAUCUCGAAACACUGAAAUAGAAUUGAAGAUCGAGUUUUGAAAACAUGGAUAUAAAUGUAUGAUUAGAAUCAAUUUUGUAAAUAUUGCAAAAUAGAAUAUAUGAUCAACUUUGAAAGCAUUAAAAUAGAACAAAUA